AUGCCACAUUGUGAAGAAACGAGGGUAUGGUGUAGAUCCAUGAGUCAGCUUUCCCAUCUGGCGGAAGAAUUUGUUAAGGAUAAUGGAUCUAGUGUGACUGACAUGAAACUGCUUCUACAGCAGUGUGUGGAUACUCUAUCAAACUAUCAAGAUGAGUGCAAAAAGAUUAAGAGUAUUCCCUGGAACGGACCUUCGAGGGAUAUGUGUGAUGCGUUUGAAACAGCAUACGUUUAUUUUAAGAUAGUAUCACUGAUAGUGUUAAACAAAAUCCCCAAACUUGAGGAGUACAGUCGUGCCAAAACGGAUUCAUCCAAUGCAAACGGUAAAGCGCUGUUGGAGAUUUAUAAUAUGUUGGUCAACCGAUUGAUCAAAGAUGAGAAAAUCACAGAGAUCAAGAAGUUUGUUAGAGAAAAUUCCCGACGUGAUAAUCAUAUCGACCAUGCGCCAUUCACGCGUGAUCUUCGUUCAGGGGGCAGUAUAACGGCACCUGUGUUGUACAGGUUACUCACAGACCCUGCAACUUCUAGUUCUGUUUUACUAAUAGAUGUGCGGCCAAGAGUUGAGUUUGUCAAGAAUCAUAUAAAAUUUCGCUCAUUAAUUUGUAUAGAGCCAGUAUCAUUCAAAGACAGUUAUUCCGACUUAGAUAUUGGCAGAAAGGCCAUGGUUACAAGCUCAGAUUGGGAGAUAUCUUUGUUUCAAGAAAGGGAUAGGUUUGAGCAUAUUGUUGUCUACUCUCAGGAAGGUGAACAGUAUCACUACUAUAUGAAACAGCAAAAGGCCUUGGUUAACUUGUUAAUAAAUCGCUCUUUUGAAAAGUCAUUGAAAAACUGUACUAUUUUGUCAUUACGUGAUGGUUUUUUUAAGUGGUCUAGCAUAUACCCUAACAUGUGUGAAGAAUCCUCGCAAGGUGAAAAUAUAUACCUAGAUGGUUCAACAUCGGGAUCAAAUCAAACUCACCAUCAAAGUACUGGGAAUAAUCAUCUAAAUGUUUUCCACAAACCGUUAUCUGAGGAACCAAACUAUGACAAGCUGAUGGCAAGUCCUAAUCACUCCCGUUUCCACCAGCAACCAAGACUGAGGCAUAUGCCUACGUUCAAAGAUUACUUUAAGAUGUCUAGCUCCAGUUCAAACACAAAUGGAAGGCCGGGAAGUGUACCAGCCCAGCUCCCUAAUGGUUGUACAAAAUACCCAGCGGCGCCCACGUUGAGGAACAAUAAUGAGCAUAUGAACUCCUUGUCACAACUCACUUCAAGGGCAAUAACUUCGCCAACUCGAACACUUUCAACAUUAGACACCCCUCACAUCUCUUCAACCCAUAGUAUGUCAAACCUAUUGGUGAAUAACAACAGCAAUACAGCUAUAAAACAAAGCAUAGUUCCCUUCUCCCAAAAUGUGAAAGCAUUAGCAAUCCCACAAUUAAUAACGAAAACGACAAUACCUUCAUUUAGUGUUGGCUUAGUAAACUGCGGCAACUCCUGCUAUAUGAGCUGUAUACUUCAGUGCUUAUUGGGCACUCAAGAACUUUACUCCAUGUUUUUGAAUAAUUCUUAUCAGAACCAUAUAAACAUGAACAGUAGAUUAGGCUCCAAAGGUGUACUAGCUAGAUAUUUUGCUCAGUUAGUGCACCAAAUGUUUCAGCAGGGAAGGGACAUAAGAAAAAAAAGCGGUAGUGAGAAAACUGCCGUAGUACCUGCACAAUUCAAGAUUGCAUGUGGUUCUAUCAAUCCAUUGUUUCGGGACCGGUCCCAGCAGGAUUGUCAAGAAUUUUGUCAGUUUUUGUUGGAUGGAUUGCAUGAAGACUUAAACCAAUGUGGAAAUAACCCACCAUUAAAAGAAUUGUCAGAAAAGGCCGAAAUAAUGAGAGAAAUGAUGCCAAUGAGGAUUGCAUCCGCUAUUGAAUGGGAGCGGUACUUGACAACAGACUUCAGCGUCAUUGUGGACUUAUUCCAAGGUCAAUAUGCUUCACAAUUGAGAUGUAAAGUGUGUGCGAGAACUUCAACUACAUAUCAGCCAUUUUCAGUCCUUUCCGUCCCAGUGCCUAGUUCCAGGUCAUGUACGAUUAUUGACUGUUUUACUGAAUUUACUAAAAUUGAAACACUAGAGCAAGACGAGCAAUGGUCCUGUCCUGACUGUAUGAAAAGACAGCCUUCUACAAAAAAAAUUACAAUAACAAGGCUUCCUCGUAAUUUAAUAAUUCACUUAAAAAGGUUUGAUAACAUGUUAAAGAAGAACAAUGUAUUCGUUUCUUACCCACCUGUUCUGGAUUUGACUUCUUUCUGGGCAAAUGAUUAUGAUAAAAAGACUCCUAGAGGGAACAAAGAAUUUCUCAGUGCUGCCAAUGAGUUGCCCUCUAGAGGACAAAUACCACCAUUUAACUAUCAGCUUUAUGGAAUAGCGUGUCAUACAGGUACAUUAUAUGGAGGUCAUUACACUGCAUAUGUUAAUAAGGGCUCUGAUUUAGGGUGGUGUUAUUACGACGACACAAACUGGAGACAAGUACGAAGUGCUAAAGAGCACAUUACUCAGAAUGCAUAUGUACUAUUUUACCACCGCAUACACGGUGUGUAA